AGCUGUUCUGACCGGCAGGUGGAGAAGCCCAAUCUAAUUCUGUCCAGUCGCAAACACGUUCUAGGCACGUGAGCCCCUUGCUUAUCGGCAGCAUCAACGGGGGAGUCAAGUUUCAACGCUGAACAAUUCCCUUCACACUUGAGAUCAUUCGACACCUACCAUCACGAUGGUGCACUGGAUUCCUCUCUCCAGGCUGCUCUUCUGGACUAUCUGGCCUGCGGCGACAUCAGCGAAACAAUUGAUGGACGACCGUCAUGUAUCCGAAGAUCCCCUAGUAGCAGACCAGGUGCUAUCGACACCAACUGCGUAUGAUUUCCCUAUCCUAGGGAGUAAUGGCCCGGAAUUAUUCCCGAUGCGCCCGUGUCGGGGAAUCCAGCUCGCGGAGGCGACAAUCGACAAGUUGCAGGAAUAUCUAUCGACAGGCGCGCUGACCAGCGUCGACCUGCUACAUUGCUAUCUGGGCCGCAUUUUCCAGACCGACAGUUAUCUUUCAGCCAUCAUCCAACACAACCCCGAUGCCUUCUCCAUCGCAGAAUCCCUAAACGCUGAGCGCGCCUCAGGCAAAGUUCGUGGUCCCCUGCACGGGAUACCGUUCGUAGUCAAAGACAACAUCGCCACCAAGGACCGCAUGGAGACCACAGCUGGCAGUUGGGCUCUUCUAGGAUCGAUUGUGCCGCGAGACGCAUUCGUCGUACACCAGCUGCGCAAGGCCGGCGCUCUGCUGCUGGGAAAAGCCGCGUUGAGCGAAUGGGCCGAUAUGCGCUCAAAUAAUUACUCAGAGGGCUUUAGUGCGCGUGGCGGACAAUGCCGCAGUGCGUAUAAUCUCACGGUGAACCCUGGUGGUAGCAGCUCGGGUUCGGGAGUUGCGGUUGGUGCGAACCUCGUUCCGUUUGCUUUGGGGACUGAGACGGACGGUAGUGUCAUCAAUCCCGCACAGCGGAAUGCUAUAGUCGGCAUUAAACCAACAGUUGGGUUGACGUCACGAAAUGGACUGAUCCCCGAGUCACUUAACCAGGACACCGUGGGCGUAUUCGGCAAGACCGUGCGAGACGCGACAUACGUACUGGACGCCAUCUUUGGCAUUGAUCCGCGGGACAAUGCAACCCAAGCACAGCGAGGUCAGACACCCCCAGGCGGCUAUAGCCAGUUUCUCUCCGAUCGGUCUGCGCUCAAAGGCGCCGUGUUCGGCCUCCCAUGGGAAUCGUUCUGGCGCCUGGCGAACCCUACCCAACUCUCGCAGCUUCUCGAGCUUAUCGAAAUGAUCCAAAAGGCGGGAGCGACCAUCAUCAAUGGGACCGAGCUACCUCACCAUCGCACCAUCGUGUCGCCAGAUGGAUGGAAUUGGGAUUAUGGCAGCCAGAGAGGGUACCCCAACGAGUCCGAAUACAGCUAUGUCAAGGUGGAUUUUUACAACAACCUCAAGACAUAUUUAACCGAGUUAGACAAUACAAAUAUCCGUUCGCUGGAGGACCUGGUUGAAUACAAUAAGGCCAAUGUCGGGUCUGAGGGAGGGCAGCCUGGCAUUCACCCAGCCUUCGGUUCAGGUCAGGAUGGAUUAGAAGCAUCGCUAGCUACCAAAGGUAUUCAGAAUGAUACAUACUGGCAGGCACUGAAAUUCUGCCAGCGGACAACGAGAGAAGAGGGCAUCGACGCGGCGCUGCGCUCCGGAAAGCGAACACUCGACGGGCUGUUGGUGCCACCAGAUGUUGCGCAGAGCAUCCAAAUCGCAGCACAAGCCGGCUACCCUGUGAUUACGAUCCCGGCUGGCACCGAUCCAGGGUCCGGGAUGCCGUAUGGGUUGGCGAUCAUGCAGACUGCUUUUGCAGAAGAGACAUUGAUCAAGUAUGCCAGUGCGAUUGAGGAUCUGCAGAGAGAGACGAAUACGCCGUGGAAACGCAGCCUUCCCAAGUGGCGGGGUUACCUUGUUCGGAAUAUCCCCGUCAUCAAUUGAGUUUGAUCUCAGGGGAAUGGUGAUGAAUACUUCUAAUUGCCUUUUCGGAGAAGUAUUAAUUCCUUGUGCACAUUGGGGCCCAUGAGCGGCUGAGCUUUGUUAUGGGAAUACAUCUGUAUAUUUAAGCUUUGCGAGGUGGACGGAAGAUUCCGUUUCAUUUGUGGUUUUGUUGGAAUAGUGCAAUUGAUUCUAUGUAGGUGAUUGUGGAUUAUAGAUUGUCUAUCAAUUCCGUCAGUGGGUCCCUGGUCGCACAGCAAAGCUGACCAUUGUCGGAGGGGCUUCCUCGCUGGUUGCUGGCCCGUUGAAGCCUUCGACAUGC